GCGGCGCAUACAAAGUGUCGCUACAUAACAAAUAUCUGUUUUUGGACGAGGAAACAUGGCCGACGUCGAGGGUAAAGCUGCACCAGACACCGGCCAUGAGAAUGGAAAUGCCAAAGAACCGCUGGGCCAUCUCAACAAGUACGAUCAGGAAUAUAAACUUCCGAUUACGGGAGACCGCACAGGGAAAUGGUGGUAUUCUGCCUUCCACAAUGUUACAGCGAUGGUCGGCGCUGGAGUGCUGGGCCUUCCUUCAGCUAUGGCGUACCUGGGAUGGGGCGGUGGCAUGUUCAUCAUGGUGUCCUCCUGGAUCAUCACGCUGUACACGCUGUGGCAGCUGUGCUCCAUGCACGAGAUGAACGGCAAACGCUUCAACCGCUACCACGAAUUAGGCCAGUACGCUUUCGGGCAGAAGAGAGGCCUGUGGUUUGUCAUCCCCUUCCAACUCAUCGUCAUGAUUGGGCUGGCCAUCGUGUACUGUGUCACCGGAGGCAAGAGCAUGCAGGCUGUGUGGCAGUUCUUGUGCAACAAGCCCUGCCCGGCAUUUGGGCUGUCUGCAUGGAUCGUUGUGUUUGCCGGCGCACAGCUCUUCCUCUCUCAGUGCCCCAACUUCAACAGCCUGCGUGUGGUGUCCUUCGCGGCAGCAAUCAUGUCACUCGCAUACAGCACGAUCGCUGUGGGGGCAUCCAUUGCCUCUGGCCGUCAGCCUGACGCUUACUACAACCUUGACACAAAGGACACUGCCGACAAGGUGUUCGGUGUCUUCAGUGCCCUGGGCACUGUUGCCUUUGCGUAUGGAGGACACAAUGUUGUGCUUGAGAUCCAGGCAACGCUGCCCUCUCCGCCCGACACCUUCAAGCCCAUGAUGGCUGGUGUCUACGUCGCCUAUGCACUUGUUGCUUGGUGCUACUUUGCUGUUUCCAUUACUGGGUACUGGGCGUUUGGUAUCAACGUCGCAGACAACGUGCUCCUGACCAGUGCUCUGAAAGACACCGUUCCCAACGGACUCAUCAUUGCUGCUGACCUCUUUGUGGUCAUCCACGUCAUCGGCAGUUUCCAAGUGUACUCCAUGCCGGUAUUUGACAUGAUUGAGACCAGGAUGGUGAUGUCAGGCAUCAGCAAUGCCCUGCCCAUGCGCCUGUUGUACCGCAGCGUCUAUGUCAUCAUCGUGGCAUUCGUGGCCAUCGUGCUUCCCUUCUUUGGGGAUCUCCUGGGCUUUAUUGGAGCCUUCGCCUUUGGCCCCACAACGUUCUGGAUGCCCCCCAUCAUAUACCUGAUUGUGAAGAAGCCCAAGAUCAACAGCGGCCACUGGUGGGCCAGCUGGUUCUGCAUCAUCUACGGCCUCAUCGUCACCAUCUUCGGUUCCAUCGGAGGCAUGCGUGGCAUCAUCAAGAGCGCCAGCACCUACAAGUUCUUCCAGUGAAGCUGCUGCUCACGCUCCCCAAGCUUGCUGAACUGCCUUGUUCAUGAUCAACCCAAAGUCAGGAGCGGAGACGAACUGCACUGCGGGUUGGAAAUGGUGAAGGAACUUGUACAGUACUGUUUAUGGUGAGUACAUACAAAUUUUCUCCAUGACUUUCACAGCGUGGCACACUUGUACUAGAGCGAGGACCGAAGUAUGGCCUGAAAUUGAGCAUGCUACAUGCGGAUCUCUCUUUGUCUGCUAAUGAGCUUUUUGCUGACCUCAGCAGCUGCGCAGCGGCUACUUGUUGGACAGGAAUCUGUUGAAAAAGUGUACACUGGGACUGAGCUUUUUUGGACAGCUAGGACUGGAAGUGCCAUAAUCCUUGUAGGCCCUUCUGGCUUGAAGUGGCCAAUCUUCCGGUGCUUAAACCUUAGCCGGUGUAUAACAAAUUGCACACUGGUUGAGCAGCAUUGCGUUUUGUUGUGAUCUGGCUGCAGCUGUCUUGCCGUUGCCUAAGUCUCAUGAGCUCAGGAUGGCAUGAUCCAGCUGCAUAUAUAAGGGGUGCAAGGUGUACAUGUUGGGAGAGGGAGUGGCGAGAAAUAAAAAUUUCCUUGCAAGAAUUGUUUCCUGAUGGGGCUGGUCUUGUUACGGAUAGCUUCUUGGGACCUCACGAGGAAAGGGUGUAUUAUCUAUACAUGAUUGUUAUCAGUAAUUUUUGACAUAAUCACAGGUAAUAUACAUGUUUUUCUUGUUUUUUGUGGUCUGAGGCUUGUUGUAAUGAUGUCAGAGCAGAAGC